UAUCUCUGCAAAUUUAAAGUUCAGAUUUCUUCUUCAUUCCACCAGUGUGAGACAGAACGUUUAUGUUUUUCACUUCUUCACAACAUGACAACCUGUGUUCCUCGUCUGUGUCUUUAUGUGCUGGGGGUGACUAUGAUGCUAGGAUUGGUGGCACAUUGUGAUUUUAAUCAGUCUCAUUUUGGAGCUUACUUACAUGGAGACAUUGUCAUUGGAAUUCUGGAAUCAAUUCAUUCUAAUAUAAAAGACCUUCAGGAUCGGAUUUGCCCAGAAAUGUAUACUUGCACAGACUUUGAUCAUAUACCAUUUGUGUCAUCUUUAGCUGCAAUUCACACAAUUGAAGAGAUCAAUAACUCUGGCUUCCUUCCUGGCAUUAAGCUUGGAUAUCUGAUGUGUGAUCCUUGUGCAUAUGGUACCAAAGCUUUAGACUGUGUGGAGCGCAUGCUUGCUGUUAAUGGGCCACCUACAGUCCACUCUGACUACUCAAACUUCACUUCACCCAUAAAAGCAUUCUUGGGUGAAAGAUACUCAGAAUUAUCUAUUCCUGUUGCAAAAUUACUCAGUCUCUACAUGAUUCCCCAGAUUAGUUGCACUUCUACUGCACCAGCACUGAGUGACAAAUUACGCUACGCUUCCUUCUUUCGCGUUGUCCCAAGUGACAUGUACCAGACACAGGCACUGGCAAAGCUCUUGAGACAUUAUUCCUGGAACUGGGUUGGGGUGGUUACCAUUGAUGAUGAAUAUGGCAGAGCAGUCCUUGAGAACUUUGUGCAGGAUGCACAGGAAGAACAUGUGUGUCUCCAGUUCCAGGAAGUGUUACCAAAUUACCUAGGUUUUAUACAUAUGGAAGAGAAGAUAAAGAUGGUAGCUGAUCGUAUUGAAUCCUCGAAUGCCACAGUUAUUCUGCUUAUUCUAAGACCAGAACUUGUGCAGAUGCUCUUUACACAGAUGAUCAAGAGAAAUAUUAGUCGGGUCUGGAUUGCUAGUGAUGCCUGGUCUACAACACGCUUCAUAAUGAAGAUGAAAGACAUUAACAAAGUGGGAGAUGUAUUUGGUUUUACCUUUAUCACUGGGGAAAUUCCUGGUUUUAAAGGCUACCUACAGAACCUUAGACCAAGUCCAGGCGCAAGGAAUGAUUUCAUCAGUGAGUACAAACAAAUGUCCAACUGCACCCAGAGUCAGCAAUCAGAGAACUCAUUUCUUUUGGAUUGCAAUAGCUACCUUCUUCAAAACGUGGAUCUGACAGAGGCUUACGGUCAGAGAGUGGCAGUCUAUGCCAUUGCUCAUGCCAUCAAGACACUUUUAAAAUGUGACAACAUUUCCUGCUCUGGAGACACAAACAUCCUGCCUUGGAAGCUUAUAAGCAUUCUUCGUGAGGUUCACUUCACCUUGGACAACCAGGCAUAUUUCUUUAAUAAAAAUGGUGAUUUUGAAAAUGGUUAUGAUCUUAUCAUGUGGAAGAAGGACGGUGAUGAAAGAGUACCUGAUGUGGUGGGGAAAUUCCUUAUAAGCAAUAAAGAUGUUGAUGUCUAUGAGCACAAAAUCUCAUGGUUUAACAACACGGUUCCUGAGUCCAGAUGUUCAAAGCGUUGUCCACCAGGCACACACAAGCACAUAUCAAAUAUAACAUGCUGCUAUACUUGUAUCAGCUGCAGUGCUGGAGAUUAUUCUGACCAGGAGGAUCAAUCAACCUGUACCAAGUGUCUAAAUGGAACUUCUCGUCCUGCUUCAACGAAAUGUGAGAAAUGGAAGUUGGGGAUUUUGGAGUGGUCUGCAGCGCAUUCUAUUGUGGUGAUUAUUGGAACAGUAAUAGGCAUACUACUGUUAGUGGUCUCAAUUAUAUUUUUCAUUAAAUAUAGAGACCAUGAAAUAGUAAAGAAAAACUUCAGUUUAUUAUGCAUCAUGCAGGUAGGCCUGAUUGUAAGUUUUGGAAGUGUGAUAGCUUUUUUAGGCGAUCCAAGCUCCCAUCAGUGCAUGGUACAACAGGCCAUGUACGGUCUUGGAUUCACUCUCUCUGUAUCAUGCAUUCUGGUUAUUGCCUUUAGCUCAUUCUUAGAAUUCAUGUCCUAUGAUCCACAUAGACAGCUUUACUUAAGCAAGUUUAAUAAGCCUUUUGUCAAUAUAGGCAUCCUCACUGUUGUUCAAGGUCUCAUUUGCCUCUUCUGGUUUAUAUUUGAUCCUCUUAAAGUUGAUGAAAAGCCAUCUGAAAAAGAUCCUCUUACCAUGAACCGUCUGUGUACUCAAGGAGCUAAGUUUGUUGGCUUUGCCAUGAUGCAUAUAUAUAUUGCUAUUCUAGCUGUUCUUUGUUUUGUGUUGGCCUUCAAAGGGAGAGAGAAAGAUACUGAGUCUAUAGUCUUCAGCAUGCUCUUUCAUUUGUUUGCCUGGCUUUGUUUUAUUCCACUCUUUGUCACACAAAUCGAACAGCGGCCCAUUAUCCAGCUCUCUGCCAUUAUGGUCUCCACCUACGGAGUCAUCUUCUGCCACUUCACUCCAAAAUGGUAUAGGAUAUUAUCAGAAAAUGCAGCGAGGCGAGCUAAUUCUCCACAAGUGGAUUCAUCUGCUGAAGAGGAAUUACAACAGCAAAUCAACAUGUAGAACAACCUCAUAAACCCAGCUUAACCCUCCUGACUCUUGACAGGCAGAUGGUCAGAAGUCAUUACUGUUUCCAAUAGGCAAAAUAUUUAGACCAAACAAAAACAAAGCUGAAUAUGUUACAAUAUUCAAAAGAAGUAAAUUAUCUUAAAACAGGAUAUAUUUUUCCAGGCACACACAUUGUAUUUCCAGUUGCACUAAGAGUGGUAAAGGGUUUUUUUCAUGCACGUAGCUAGUAUUAUUACCAAAAUCAUGAAUUAUAUACAUUAAUACAGAAUUAGUUGCAGGGCACAAAAACAAUGUUUCCCAAAGAUCAUAUCAUUGCAAAGAUUUUAACUCUGAAUUUAAAAAAAAUCUUUGGUCUGAAUUGAAAAGGACUGCACAAACAUCUGCGUGCACAAACAUAAGAAUAUGCAAAGGCUCUUGAAAUGCUGUGCAUAGAGGAAAGGUCUAAGAUCUCUCAUCAACCUUAUUAGACACUAUAGGAAGACAGAUUUAAAAUAAGACUCUACAGCAUUCCAUUCUACCUAAUCUCACAAUAUGAAUCAUUACUGUUUUUGUAUUAUACUUUUCAUCAAAGCUGCCAAUAAUUGUAUGGAAUUUUUCAUUUUACAUAAAGUGCAGUAUUUUUGAAAACAGUUAUUGUAUUUUUUCUAUGAAACAGUUAUUGUAUAUUUAAAGUUUUUUUGAAAUUAUUUUGGAUAUUAUUGAAAAUCUUUUUUCUGUGGUGGAAAUUUUUAAUUAUUUGGAAAUGUACACAAAUCAUAUAAAUAAACAAGUGUAAAUUUGUUUUACAAAAAAUCACAUUCUGAUCACCAUAAUGGGCAGCUCACCUUUAAAAAAAAAAAAAAGGACAGCACUUUACUUGAAUCUAUAACCACCAAGACAACGCUCUGCAGUUUGGAUAAUAAGAAAACAAUAGUGAUCACCAUAAGAGCCAAACAGAGCAUCCUGAAGUACUGAUGGACAAUGAAGAGAAAUGACGUUCCUGUUGGUGAUGAUAGCAGUCAAACUCAAAAUCAGAGGUGAUUGACACAAAGACAGAAGUGCUGUGUUUCUCAGUGUCCACGAGCAUCAAUGCAGACAGUAUCUUUACUCCCCAGCUGGGAUAGUAUUUAAAAAAAAACUGUCCUAAUGGACAAUAUUUUGUGGAUGAAAGCCAGUGCAGGACAGUGACCAGCCAAUUGGGGAUAAAAACAAAAAGAAAAAUGAAGCAAUUGCCCCUUUCCAGCAUUCUCAAAUAAAUUAUUCAUUUGUGUCAUUCCACUCACAUUUUAGCCAAGACUUUAAUGCUCAGCCUGAAUUUCUUGGUUUGGUCACUAGAUGGAAACAUUUUGCAGCUUUGUGUUUGUUUCUCUACCCUUUCAUGUUAACUAUCUUCACCCGUGCUAAUUAGUCAUUGUGUUCACCGGUGUUCUUGUUGUGUCUCAGAGAUAUUAUUCAGCCACUAGAUGACAGACAUAGAAAUGUAGGUACAGAACAAGGAGAAUAAAGAAGAAAGAGGAUACACACUCUGUGUCUGUGCCUGCUUCUUGGUGUGCCUGCUUCAUGAGUCCCCCUACCUGCUCCAUUCCUGCCAUGCCCUACUCUUACUGUCUGGCUCAAAAUGUUUGAACAUUUCCUGUUGUAAACUCGGGCAUUCAUGUUACCGUUGCAGAUCCAUCAGCCAUCUAGCUAAUAAGCCUUAAUGUCCAGAGACUAAAACAGUGUGCAAUUCCUGUGGGAAAAUAGGACAUUUCGCUAAAGUUCAUCAUCACAGAAACAGAAACCGGAGCUCACUGUAUUAUACAUGAAUGAACCUAUGACUGUGAAAGACAAAAUUCUCUGUUGCGUGUGUAAUGGGUUGAGAAAAUGCCAUUUGUUUUUUAAAGGUUCACUUAAAACAGCCCCCCAUAUUUUUUAAAAAGAAAUAAAUAUUUGAGAACUAUUCUAGUUCAGUGAGAACAGUUCAUUCUCGUGGUAUUACACCGCCACGCCAAUAGGUGCCGCUUGUGCACGUGAAAGUCGCGCGAGAUUAAUUCGCUCCCGGUUGGCGCGCUCAGCCGACUGCCGCUUGACUGCCACUGUGGAAAAAGAUAACGACUCUGUCUCUUCGUGUUUUUCACAGGUAUGAAAAUAUUUCAUGGAAAUGUUAAUUUCAUUGUACUUAUGUAAACGGAAAUGUGCAAGAGUGGAAUCUAAUGUGUUUGAGUGAGUUUGGAAGUACAUGAUAAGUCUUUUGGUUCACGGAGAAUUAUAAAGGAAGAAAACAGUUGAAACGUGAGCUUCAUGACGAUUCAUGCUCAUUACAUAUGAGAGAUUUUUACUGAAGUGUCGAAUCCAUGUAGCGCAAGUUAUACUGUUGGUUCAAGAGUGCUACAGAGUUACAUUUCUUAGCGCGUAUUAUAGUCUCCAUUCGGCGGCCAUUUUGAGUGUUCAGCACAUGGGUCUUCGGUGUGUGCGUGUGCAGGAGGAAAAUGGGAGUAAAUAAGUGAAACGGAUAAUAUUGAAUUAAUGUUUCUAAUAGAGUGAAAUCUAAAAUAUUUUCUUUAGGUUUUUCUGGUGUAUUGAUAAGUGAUAUUUUGUAUACUUUGUCAGAUGUUUAAAUCAAUUAGUUUGUGAUGUCAUCGUGUUUCCCAAAUGCAUUUUGAGAAUAUUGUCGAGUCUUGAAAUGUUGAGUUUGCAGAACUGGAAGAAAAACCAUUUCAGUAAUAAACUUGACUGCCACUGUGGGAAGACACAACGUCUCUGUCUCUUUGUGUUUUUCACAGUUUACUCACUGAUCCACAGUGCACCUUGCCUGUGUAUCAUUUGCUACUGGCACAGGCACCCCUAGGUCUGAGACCGGUAACACAUGCAAAUUAAACAAUGGACAUUGUCAGCCAUUGGAGUUAAUUGUAGACACGGGCUCAUCAGUAUCCAUACUGUCCGAGAGUCCUUACCAUACAUGUUUUGCUUCAUGCACCCUUAAUCCAGCAAAAGUAAAACUAGUUUCGUACUCUAAAGAGUCUAUGCCGGUGCUGAGCUGUUUCUCCACAGAUGUCUUUCAUGACAGUAAAUCUGCAGUGGGAACAUUUUACAUAGUCAGGUCAGGCUGACCCUUGCUAGGAACGGAUCUGAUGAAAGCACUUCACUGCCAUAUUGAAGGUGAUGGGUGAUUACAAAUGAGAACCCUGUAACGCUGCCAGUGCAUACUGUAGGCUGUGCAAGCGGAUUCACACACAAAGUUAAAGUGAAAGAGGAUGUCCUAUCUGUUCAGGAAAAAUUGUGGAGACUGCCAUUGUCAGUUAGGCAGGCUGUUUCAGAUGAACUCAGAACCCUGCUGGAACGUGACAUAAUUUGAACGUGUUGAUGCAUCUCCAUGGGUAUCCCCAAUUGUAGUGACAUAAAUAGAGGAGGUGGGAUUCAUGUGUGUGUCGACUUAAGGGAGCCUAACAAGGCUAUAGUUGCAGAUAACCACCCUUGCCCCAUAUAGAGAAAGUGUUGCCAGAACUGCAUGGGGCGACAGUAUUCUCAACCAUAGACUUAGCCUCAGUAUACCACUAGGUUCCAUUGCACCCUGAAAGUCAGGAUUUAAUAGCAUUUAUCACGCCAGACAGAUUGUUCCGUUAUAAGCGUGUCCCAUAUGGACUGGCUUCGGCUGCGCCGGCUUUUCAGAAGAUGAUGGUGACUAUACUGCACGGGUUGCCAGGUGUUCAGGCCUACCUGGAUGACCUAAUUGUUUAUGGAGACACAUAGAGCACCCAUGCUAAUCACAGUCUGUACUUCACCAUCUGAAUGAGGCUGGUGUGUAACUAAACAUGCAGAAACUGUCAGUGUUAUGGCUUUGUCCUGACCACAAGAGGUCCCCCUUUAGUGUUUUUGUUAGUUUUUUUUCUGUGUGUGUGUCUGUAAUUAAGUUCAGUGUUUUCACCUGUGCCUGGGUUCCUUUGUGUGUAUUUAAGUUGCCCUAUUCCUCAAUUCUUUGCUCAGUGUUUCUCUUGCCAUGACUAAGCCCUAGUCAUUUUCUGACUGUUCUUGUUUUGGGUUUAUCUAUUAACUGCCUGUUUUUGGGUAUGGUAUCUUGUUUUGUUAUUGCCAACUUAACCUUCUGGAAUUACUCUGGGUUCUUUUGAAUUUCUAGAGAUUUUUUGUAUUUUUUGUUUAUCCAGUUUUGACCUUGCUUUUGACUAUUGGAAUUUUUGGACUCUUGAGAUUUUGUGCCUUUGGUAUCUUGUGUUUUUGUUACCCAGUUGAACCUGCUUGGAUUUACUUUUGGAUUUUUUCUGGAAUUCUCUUGCAUUUUGAAGAUUGCUUUUGAAAUAAACUUUCUGCAUUUUACCUUGGAGUGUGCUCUGGGUUUCUGCAUUUGGGUCCACUACUUGCAAGUACUCCCCCUAGCCCCCAAGCCUGUGUGGUGCAAGGGUAAAGUGUCAGUUUCUCACCUCGGAGACCUGAGCUGGAGUCCCGUCCCUGACAGAAACAUAUCUUUAACCAGCAAACCCUGAAAUUUUUAGGGCAUACAAUUUCUAAAGACGGACUACAACCGGAUCCCGAAAACUUAGUCGCUGUCAUACAUGCACCUGCUCCCCAAAGUUUUGCCACUAAGGGUGUUACUAUGGCUGUUGUGUGGAGUGUUGAAAAAUGGAGUUCAUAUCUAUGGGGGAGACACUUUGUUCUGCACACAGACCAGCAGGCCCUUACCACACUUCUUGCAUACAAAAGCACGGGGAGAGCUGGCAUGCAAAUUUCUAGGUGGUCAACCCAUCUGUUGUGCUAUUCUGCUGUCACAUACUGCCCUGGGAAAUACAACACAACUGCAGACUGCCUCUCUCGACUCCCUUUAUGGGUGACCCAACAGAUGAACCAGAAAUGGUUGCCACUGUUUCUCACUGACUUGCUUUGUCUGUCUCUGAAUUCACUGCUGCAUCAGAGAGCUGCCUUCAGUUAGCCCAACUUCGUGUAUAGAGGAAGGCUGGUCUAAAGACAAAAAGGCAGUGCAACAAGAACUAGAACCUUACUUUCAUAUCAGACAUGAGCUGUCCAUUGUGGGACUGUUAAUUACAUGUGGUGACCACUGUCUAGUGGUUCGAUUGCCACUGUGUACAAGACUUGUCAGUUUAGCUCACGAAGGACUCCAAGGGAUUGUAUGAACCAAGCAAAGGCUUUGUGAACUCUACUGGUGGUCAUAGAUGGGUAGAAGUGUAGAGACUCUGAUUGCCUCAUGUUUGACAUGUCAGUUGAACGACAAAACAGCCAAGCCCUCGCCUGCACCUCUCAUACCUGUGGAACUACCUAGUUGCCCAUGGGAAAAGAUAGCCAUCGAUAUUCUGGGACCAUUUGAGUCUGCCACGUAGGAUUGCCGCCAAGCUAUAACCCUGGUAGCCUUCUACAGCAAGUAGCCAGAAGUAGCUUUUGCAUCACAGGUGACAACAGAUGUCAUCAUAAACUUUCUUGACACCAUCUUCAGUCGAGAAGGCAAUACAGAAAAAAUAUGUUACAAAUCCCUGUGCAGUUGACUUUUAUUUGCUUGACAACCCAACCUGUUUACCAUGAUUCUAGGCACCCCAAGGCUUAGAUAUAAAAGAGCUAUGGUAAACUGUCUGGUAUUCAUACUAAGUAUUGUAUUGUAAAAGCUUCAAGCAGUAAUCUAAUAACAACUACAUUAUCUGUCAAAUGAUAGCUUAAUUAAGAUAAUCAUCUGAGAUACAUACACAUUAUAAGAGAUGAAUAUUAAAAGAUAAUUCAUAAUCACAUAGUGAGAAUUUCAGUGACUACUGGGUAUGAAUCCAAGUGAGACAUUAGUAGAGGAAAACAACUCGAAAUUCUAGCUAUGGUGCUCUGCCAGUAAAUAUUUUUGAAUAGUUGGUUUUGAGCACAAAUGUGAUGUUAAUUCCUAAAUAGCAAAUACUGUAUAUUAUAAGUAGAAUAUGAAAAGUGAAGUCCAAUUCAGGAUUCAUAUCACUAAAACGGACAUAGAAAUUGUUGUUUCUUUUUGCCCAGGUGUGCCCUGUUAGAUUGCUUGUUUAAACAAUUAAUAGCUCUGAAUGUCUACUCUUAGUUUGAGCCCUGGGUUUUGCCUGUGCAUUGACUGCAUUUUUUUGUUAAAAGGAUAAACCAACAUAAAGACCAGAGAGCUAUCCAUGGAAGAAAAGCAAGACAUUUUGAAGCUGAAAAGAGGGAAAAUCAAUCAGACCUAUGGCACAGGCAUUGGGCACAGCCAAAACAACAAUUUGGAAUGUCCAAAAAAAGAAAGAAACCACUGAUGUACUAAUAACCAGACAUUGAUCAGGUUAGCUAAGGAAAACAGCUGAUGACAGAAACACUGUGAGGGCUGUGAAGAAAAAACCAAAAACAGCAAUCAGUCACAUCGCCAACAACCUCCACAGGGCAGGAGUGAAGGUAUCACAAGCGACUGUUUGAAGAAGACUUCAAGAGCAGAAAUAUAGAGGCUAUACUAUAAGAUGCAAACCACUCAUCAGCAGUAAGAAUCGAAAGGCCAGAUUGGAAUUUGCCAUGAAAGUUCUGGAACCAAGAUUAAUCUCUACCAAAGUGAUGGAAAGGCCAAAGUGUGGAUCAAGAAAGGAUUUGUUAAUGAUCUGAAACAUACAUGCUCAUCGGUCAAGCAGGGUGUAGGUAGUGUCAUAGCUUGGACUUGCAUGGCUGCUUCUGUAAUAGGCUCACUAAUCUUUAUUGAUGAAGUAACUCAUGACGGUAGCAGCAGAAUGAAUUCAUUUUGAAUGAAACAUUCUGUCCGCCAAUUUACAGAGAAAUGCAUCUAAUCUAAUUGGGAGCUACUUCAUCAUGCAGCAAGACAAAGACCCAAAACACACUGCAAACACAACAAAGGAUUUCAUCAGGGGGAAAAAAGUGAAAGGUUUUAAACUGGCCAAGUCAGUCACCAAACCUUAACCCAAUUGAGCAUGCAUUUCACUUCCUGAAGAGGAGACUGAAGGGAGACGCCCCCCAAAACAAACAACAACUGAAAGAAGCUGUGGUACAAGCUUGGAAAAGCAUCACAAAAGAAGAAUGCAACAGUUUCGUGAUGGCAGUGGCUCGCCGGCUUCAUACAGUUAUGGCAAGCAAGUUAUAUGCAUCCAAAUAUUAAGUGUCAUUUACUUUAAUGUACUGUAAGAGUAUCUGUUCCUAUAUUUUUGCUCAUCUACAAAUUGGGUGGUCUGCCGUGUUACCAUGGUAUCAUGUUCUAAGUUGUUUAACACGUCUAGAAGUAAAUAUAGGAAAUGAAAGCUGAAACCCAAAUCAAUACCAGUGUAUAGCAACAGUGAAGUGAAGUGACUUGUGGCCAAGUAUGGUGACCCAUACUUGGAAUUUGUGCUCUGCAUUUAACCCAUCCAAGUGAACACACACACACAGAGCAGUGGGUCGGUGCUUUGCUCAAGGGUCUCACCUCAGUCGUGGUAUUGAGGGUGGGAGAGAGCGCUGGUCAUUCACUCCCCCCACCUACAAUCCCUGCCGGACCCGAGACUCGAACCCACAACCUUCAGGUUCACCUUCGGGUUGCAAGUCCGACUCUCUAUCCAUUAGGCCCCGACUGCCCCAAAGGAAAGGAACUGGCCUUGCCAUUCCAAUACUUUCCAAUACUAUUUUGAAGAACCUGGAAGAAGGCAAUAGUGGCUGGGAAAGAUGCCAUUCUUUGUUGUCUCUUUUCUUGUGCAUACCAGACAGUGAUAUUGGCAACCUUAAACUAAGGUUGCUAUUUAUAAAUGUAUUUGGACAACCCAAACAUCUUCCAUUGCCUUAGAAAAUAUAGUCUUUGAGUAGUCUUUAGACAUAACAGCACUAGUGUUGUUAUCCCUUUUUAAUGACAUACUACUUGCAAUGCCUAACAAUGGUAGAAUUUAAAUCACAGUCAUUAUUAUAUAGCGAUUAGGAAAGAAGGCACAAUACACAAGUGUAACAAACAUGACGCGGAGAAACACAGCAUGAAACAGGCUAAGGUCAAUACACAGUAAUCCACAUUUCCAAGAUGAGAGGGCAAAUCCAAAGGGUAGUUAAAAGGGCAAACCAGGGAUCAAACAUAAGGCAAUAACAAUACAAAAGGCUGAUGUGAGAGAACUAUGAGCAAUGCUUUGUAAUUAACAUAAUGAACCAUGUGCUUUACUAACCCUAACCCAGAAGAUUCAAGCUUGAAGUGCUCCAAUACAAAGAGAACUGUGUUUUGCAUUAUUCACAGGUAUAUAACAAAUGAGCAUGUUACAUAUACCAUGCAUAUAUUUAGUAUAUGUACUAACCAGUGUGUGUUCUCUGUGUAUAAUAUUAUUAGUAGUAGUAGUAGUAGUAGUUGUGUUUUCUGGUCUUUAUAGCUCACUGGCUUAAAUUUACCUGACAAUUUAUGUCAAUAGCUUAAAAUAGCCAGGUAGCUCUCUACAGUCAGCUCUAUGUGAAGCUGGACUUUUAGUGUUGGGGUGUGAUGGUGUAUCCGAAAUGAUGCAUGAUGUAUGCACCCAAAAGAUUGCCAGGGCGACUUAUAACAUCUUAGGAACACCAUAGUAUUGUUAACCUAUGACCCGAUAAUGUUGAAGUUUAAAAAUAAGGUUAAACCUAAUUUAUCUGUGAAGAAAAGGGUUAUAGAGACACUGUUUCUUGCAUUCCAUGACUGUUGAUACAGAAAUAUAUCAUGGAUCUAUUUUUGACAUGUAUAUGUGAAAAACAUUGCAUAAUAUUGUACAUUGUGUGUGUGUGUGUGUGUGUGUGUGUGUGUGUGUGUUUUAAAGUGAAACCAUAAUCUAUCUUCCAUUAGCCAAACAAAAAUAAAGUAGUAUUUCCUGAUCAAGAAAUAUAACCAUCAGAACAAAUAAUGUUUAAUAAAAAAUAAAGCUUUAUGUUGUUGUCCAUUAACAGUAAUGGAUCAUGGUAUGUACUCAAAAUACUAAGCUAAAACAAAAGUAACUUAAAACAAAAGAACACAGAAAAAAACAAAAUCUUGUUACUAUGCCAAACUUGUACUACUUGUACUGUAAUCUAUCAACAUGCACUCUCUGCCACCUAUGCAUGUGGUUUUUCUGGUUAGUCAAGUAACGUAGUAAUGUAAAAAAAUUUAUGAACUGUAAAUAGACCAUGCAGAAUGAGUGCAUGAUAAAUUUAAGUUAUAAGUAAACACUUAAUAAUAAAUAAGUUAUGUUUGUCCAUUAGGUAACAAUAUGGUGGUCUUUCAUUCAUUAAUUAAUUCAUUCAUUCAUUCAUUUAGGGAUAUGAAUGAAUAAAUAGAGAUAAAUCAUGAGGCAGAAAUUGGAUUGGACUCAACUCUAUCACACGGCACCAUGCACACAGCCAUUCAGAUCUAGUGGGAUUUUAAAGUAGCCAGUCCACCUACUGGCAUGUUUUUAGGAGGUGGGAGGAAAUAGAAAAGAGUAUCUCACAUUUUUUAACAAUUGAGGACACUUCUCUAUAUAUGCUACCUCUGGGCAAAAUUAUCUGUAAGCAUGGUAUUAGCUUCCACUGUUACGCUGAUGACACACAGUUGUAUGUUUCAGCAAAGCCAGAUGACAGACACCAGCUUAAUAAAGUUGAGGAAUGUGUAAAAGACAUUAGAAACUGGAUGCUUAUUAACUUUCUCUUACUUAAUUCUGAAAAGACAGAAGUACUUGUACUAGGACCACAUGCAGCUAGAAGUCAGCUUUCUGAUUACAUAACUCUGGAUGACCUUUCUGUUUCAUCAUGUGCAGCAGUAAAAGACCUUGGUGUGAUUAUCGACUCUAAUCUUUCUUUUGAAGCUCAUGUAGAUAAUAUAACUAGGAUUGCUUUCUUUCAUCUCAGAAAUAUUGCUAAAAUAAGAAAUAUAUUGUCACUACACGAUGCAGAAAUAUUAGUUCAUGCUUUUGUUACCUCUAGGUUGGAUUAUUGUAAUGCCUUACUGUCUGGAUGUUCCAGUAGAUGCAUAAACAAGCUCCAGUUAGUCCAGAAUGCAGCAGUGAGAGUCCUUACUAGAACCAGAAGAUAUGACCACAUUAUCCACACUGCAUUGGCUCCCAAUCAAAUUUCGUAUUGAUUAUAAAAUACUACUAUUUUAUGAUCCGCCAUGCCUACUCAGAUCAAAAGGUGCAGGCUAUUUGUUGGUAUCUUGAAUAAUGCGGGCUACAGCUGGGGGUAGAGCUUUCUCUUACAAAGCCCCACAGUUAUGGAACAGCCUUCCACUUAGUGUUUGUGGCUCAGACACAGUCUCAGUGUUUUUAAGUCUAGGCUGAAAACAUAUUUGUUUAGUCAAGCCUUUUGUGAAUAGUUUUCUUAGGUACAGGGGCAGGUCUGGAGGGUUUCACAGGCAUAGAGUGGUAUGGUGAACUGGGAUGUUUGGAUGCUGUUCUGAGAUGCCAGUGAUGCCAGUGAUCCUGACCCCUUCUGCUCCUCCUCGCUGCCUGACCCAUCCUGAUGCCCUACUUCUGGUUGGAGUUCUCAUCGGUUGAGUUCGCUCGCUGCUGCUGGGAGUGGCCCAUAUGGACUGCCUGAAGAACUGUUUGGAUUGCUGGGGAUGGUGCCACCUGGGGGCUGUGGAGAUGGCUUGGGGAUCACAUAUGGGGAGCUGUACUGUAAUGGCUUGGGACUGCGAUUGCUGUAGUGGCUUUGGGGCUGCAGUUGCCACGAGCAGCUUCGUACUCAGGACUCCAUCAGUGGACAGAUUUUAACCAGCCGGACUUCUUGCAAAAACUGUGAUGAAUUUAUUGGUUGCACAAUUGCACUAUUUGUCCAUAUAGUACACAAUAAUAGAAGGGAUUUAUUUAUAAUCGCACUAUCCGUUGCACCCAGAUGAGGAUGGGUUCCCUUUUGAGCCUGGUUCCUCUCAAGGUUUCUUCCUCAUAUCGUCUCGGGGAGUUUUUCCUUGCCACCGUCGCCACUGGCU